GGAUCCAGAGGAGCCUCUUUGUCUACAUUCAAUGAUUUGUUCAACGCCGUGACUCACUUGUUCAUUUCCUUUAUCAUCUUCAGGUUUUCUCCGAUAGUCACCGAAACCCAAAAAAAUAAAUAAAAAAUAAAAAAAUGAUGAGCGUCAAAUCCUUGGCUGAAUCACUUAAUCUCACCACCAUUCCUUCCACCUAUACCUUCAUCAACAACCCUCGUGAUCUUGAAACUGUAGAUUUGGAUAACCCAGAUGAACAAAUUCCCAUCAUUGAUUUCUCUCUCCUCUACUCUAGCAAUCCUCAUCAACGGUCCAAAGUUAUCAGUGAUCUGGGGAAAGCAUGUGAAGAUUGGGGCUUCUUCAUGGUGAUUAACCAUGGUGUUCCAAAGGAAGUGAUGGAUUCGAUUAUUGAGGGAUGCAGAGGAUUUUUCAAUCUGAGUGAGGAGGAGAAACUAGAGUUUAAGGGCAAGCAAGUUUCAGACCCAAUAAGAUAUGGAACUAGUUUCCAUGCUUCAGCAGAGGAGGUGUUCUUUUGGAGGGAUUUUCUCAAGGUCAUUGUGCAUCCUCAGUUUCACCCUGUCAAUAAACCCCCUGGCUUCAGUGAGGUUUGCUUUGAUUAUUGCAAGAAAACCGAGAAACUGACCCAGAAAUUACUUGAAGGAAUAUCAGAAAGUUUGGGAUUGGAAGCCAGUUACAUAGACAAGGCCAUGAAUGUGGAAUGUGGUCUAAGAUAUCUAGCAGCAAACUUGUAUCCUCCAUGUCCACAGCCAGAAAUUGCAAUGGGAAUGCCUCCUCAUUCAGAUAUUGGCCUUUUGACAACCCUCAUUCAUAAUGGAAUUGAUGGCCUUCAAAUACAACACAAUGGCAAGUGGGUCAAUGUCAAUACCAUUCCCAAUUCCAUCCUUUUUAACAUUGGGGAUCAUCUUGAGAUUUUGAGUAAUGGAAAGUACAAAAGUGUUGUACAUCGAGCAGUUGUGAACAACAGAGCAACAAGGAUAUCUGUGGCGAUUGCAAACGGGCCAUCACUUGAAACAGUUGUGAGUCCAGCACCAAAACUUGUAGACAAUGAAGCCCAUCCACCAGCCUUCACUGGGAUCAAAUAUAAGGACUAUUUCCAAAUUCAACAAGCCAACAAGCUUCAUCGCAAAUCUUGUUUAGACAGUUUACGCAUUUGAAUUCAAAUUUUAUGUAUAUAUGCUUUAUAACUUGGAACCAAAUUCUUGGAAUAAGUACUAAUGGCCAAAUAAAUUUGAUUUCUGUUAUUAAUUCUCAAUUAAUAGAAUGAAAAUAUAUCUA